UGCCGCUGUCCGCCGCGCCCGCUGUUGCCGCCGCCGCCGCCAUGCGCAGCCGGAGCAAUUCGGGCGUGCGGCUGGACGGGUACGGGCGCCUGGUGCAGCAGACCAUCCUCCGGCACCAGGACGCGGUGACGGGCCUGCUCCCCGCCAGCGCCGACCACCGGGAUGCCUGGGUGCGGGAUAACGUCUACAGCAUACUAGCCGUCUGGGGGCUGGGCCUGGCCUACCGCAAGAAUGCCGACCGCGACGAGGACAAGGCCAAGGCCUACGAGCUGGAGCAGAGUGUGGUGAAGCUGAUGCGAGGGCUGCUCCAGUGCAUGAUGAGACAGGUGGACAAGGUGGAGGCGUUCAAGUACAGCCAGAGCACCAAGGACUGCCUGCAUGCCAAGUACAACACCCAUACCUGUGCCACUGUGGUGGGGGACCAUGAGUGGGGUCACCUACAGAUGGAUGCCACCUCCCUCUACCUGCUCAUGCUGGCGCAAAUGACGGCCUCAGGCCUCCACAUCAUUCACAGCCUGGAUGAAGUCAACUUUAUCCAGAACCUCGUGUUCUACAUUGAAGCAGCCUACAAAACUGCGGACUUUGGGAUAUGGGAACGUGGAGACAAGACAAACCAGGGUAUCACCGAGCUGAAUGCUAGCUCUGUCGGCAUGGCCAAGGCUGCUCUGGAGGCACUGGAUGAGCUGGAUCUUUUUGGAGCAAAGGGAGGCCCACAGUCCGUGAUAAGGGUGCUGUCGGAUGAGGUCCAGCACUGCCAGUCCAUCCUCCACUCGAUGCUGCCCAGGGCCUCCACAUCCAAGGAAGUUGAUGCCAGCGUGCUCUCUGUCAUCUCCUACCCAGCAUUCGCUGUGGAGGACAGUGAGCUGGUGGAGAUCACCAAGCUAGAGAUCAUCACGAAACUGCAGGGGCGCUACGGCUGCUGCCGCUUCCUGCGGGAUGGGUACAGGACCCCCAAAGAGGACCCCAACCGCCCCUACUACGAGCCUGCAGAGCUGAAGCUGUUUGAAAACAUUGAGUGUGAGUGGCCCCUCUUCUGGGCAUACCUGAUCAUCGAUGGGAUUUUCAGUGGAAACAUGGAGCAGGUGCAGGAGUACCGGGAAGCCCUUGAGGGGGUUCUCAUCAAGGGGAAGAAUGGGGUGCGCCUGGUGCCGGAGCUGUACAGUGUUCCACCGGAUAAGGUGGACGAGGAGUACAGGAACCCUCACACUGUGGACAGGAUACCCAUGGGCAAGCUGCCACUCAUGUGGGGGCAGUCCCUCUACAUCCUGGGCUGCCUGAUGGCUGAGGGGUUUCUAGCUCCUGGUGAAGUAGAUCCCCUCAACCGCCGUUUUGCGACUGUCCCCAAGCCUGAUGUGGUGGUCCAAGUGUGCAUCCUGGCAGAGACAGAGGGGAUCAAGGCCGCCCUGAGGAAGGAGGACAUCGAUGUGGAGACUGUGGCAGACGUCUACCCCAUCCGAGUGCAGCCUGCUCGCAUCCUUAGCCACAUCUACGCCCGGCUGGGCCGCAACAAGAAGAUGUGCCUGACGGGACGGCCCUAUCGGCACAUGGGCGUCCUCGGGACCUCCAAGCUCUACAACAUCAGGAAGAACAUCUUUACGUUCACCCCACAGUUCAUAGACCAGCAGCAGUUCUACCUGGCUCUUGACAACAGGAUGAUUGUGGAGAUGCUGAGGACAGAUCUUUCGUACCUCUGCAGCCGCUGGAGGAUGACCGGACGGCCGACCAUCACCUUCCCCAUCUCCCACACCAUGCUCGAUGAAUCCGGCAGCAGCGUGCACCCCACGGUGCUGGCGAUGCUGCGGAAGCUGCAGGAUGGGUAUUUCGGUGGUGCAAGGAUCCAGACGGGUAAGUUGUCGGAGUUCCUGACAACGUCAUGCCGAACACACCUCAGCUUUAUGGACCCUGGGCCAGAGGGUAAGGUCUUUGCCAAAAGUUACGAGCUCAGCACUGGCAGCUUUGAGGAGCUAGACGCCGAGGAUUGGCUGCAUGGCUUGCAGAUAGCAAAGGAUGCGGACACGUACGACGAGGUUGCUCAGUACCUGGACCACUUGCUGCAGCGCACAGCUCCGCAGGUGAACCUGCCUCCCACCGCACAGCGGGGAGGCCUAAGCCGCUUCCGUGCCGCUGUCCACACCACCCGCGACCUCAUGUCCUUGGCGUCCAAGGCCAAGGACCUUCAUGUCCAGAAUGUUGGGAUGUAUGUCCCCAGCAAGAUCUUCCAGGCAUCCCAGCAGUCAGUCAAGCUGCUGGGUUCACCCCACCAGCAUGAUGUGGAAGGCAAGAGCUACACACUCUAUGCAGAGAUGAACCUGCCCCGCGAUGAGGACGGCAGUGUGGACUGCAAGGCACUGGUGGACCAGCUGCGUGUCUGCCCCACACUGCAGGAGCAAGCAGACAUCCUCUACAUGCUCCACAUCCUCAAAGGACCCGAGUGGCACACAGGGCUUGACAGUGAGCCUGGCCCCACGGUGAAGGAGCUCCUCACUGAGCUGUACAUGCGGGUUGGGGACACGCGCCAGUGGGCCCUGAUCCGCUACAUCUCUGGCAUCCUCAAGAAGAAGGUGGAAGCUCUGGAUGAGGCUUGUACUGACCUCCUGUCUCACCAGAAGCACUUGACAGUGGGACUGCCCCCGGAGCCGCGUGAGAAGACUAUUUCUGCCCCGAUCCCCUACGAGGAGCUUGUUCACCUCAUUGAUGAAGCCAGUGAGAAGAACCUCAGUGUGUCCAUCCUCACCCAGGAGAUCAUGGUGUACUUGGCCAUGUACAUGCGCACGCAGCCCGCGCUGUUCGCUGAGAUGUUCCGCAUUCGUAUCGGGCUCAUCAUUCAGGUGAUGGCAACGGAGCUGGCGCACUCCCUGCGCUGCUCAGCUGGAGAGGCCACUGAGAACCUGAUGAAUCUCAGCCCAUCAGACAUGAAGACCCUCCUCUACCACAUCCUCUCUGGCAAGGAGUUUGGGGUGGAAAGGAGCGUGCGAUCAGUCGACUCGUCGCUCACCACUGCUAUCUCCAUCUGUGAGGUGGGGGCCGUCGGGGCCACCAAGCACGAACGUUCCGGCAUCAUCAGGCUGAAAAGCGAGAUCAAGCAGAGCAAGCAGCACAAGGGGGAAACACACGAGUGCUUGGGAAGUGCAGGGCAACUGGAUAAACGUAGGCAGUCUCUGCCUGGAAGUAAGCCCCUUGGUUUGCAGUCCGGGGACACUGACCUCAAGUCCUCUCUGGUAACCGGUGUUUGUUGGCAGCGCACAUGGGUCUGUCCUGCUUGUGGCUGCAUGAAGGAGCUGUGUGCUGGGGGUGCUGCAGGGUGGCUUUGCUUGGCUGGGGGGUGGAAGCCAGGCUGGGGGAGCACGAGCUCUUGGGCAACAGCAGGGUGUGUUCUUGUGGGGUAUUUACUCUACAGCAGUCUCUGUGGUCCUUGUCUUGUGUUGGCUCAGUCUCCUGGGCACACGGAGCUGCUGGGCCAGGGUUCCUUUUCAAGCAUGCUGGAAGACCAGGGCAGCAAGGACAGCCGCCAGGGCCAGUGGCAGCGGAGACGGCGGCUGGAUGGGGCCCUCAACCGCGUCCCUGUGGGCUUCUACCAGAAGGUCUGGAAGGUCCUGCAGAAGUGCCAUGGCCUUUCUGUGGAGGGCUUUGUUCUCCCCUCUUCAACAACUAGAGAGAUGACCCCUGGGGAAAUAAAGUUUGCUGUGCAUGUGGAGUCGGUCCUCAACCGUGUGCCCCAGCCAGAGUACAGGCAGCUGCUGGUGGAGGCUAUCUUAGUGCUCACUAUGUUGGUGGACAUGGAGGUGCACACCAUCGGCAGCAUCAUAGCUGUGGAAAGGAUCUUGCACAUGGCCAACGACCUCUUCUACGAGGAGCAGAAGGCCCUGGGCGCUGACGAGCACAUGCUGGAGAGGGAUCCCACGACAGGCAUCUGCAGCCUGCUGUACGAUAGCGCGCCGAGUGGGCGGUUCGGCACCAUGACCUACCUGUCCAAGUCGGUGGCCAUGUACGUGUACGACUUCCUGCCCGCUGAUGGCUGCUCCAUGCAGUAACUCUCACAACUCCUCGCCCUGGGUUGCACAUGCUGCAGAAGGGUUGUUUCAUAUGGCUUAGAAAAACGGGCAUUAGGUAGCUUGCAGGCAGCCUCUGUGGCCAUCUCCCCUCCUAGUCCUGGCCUCUUGGUGGCUGAGCAGCUCUCCUGAGGAGCUCUGUGGGAAGCAUACAUCGUCCUAAGCUGUGUGCAGCCUGGGCUGGCAAGGAAAGGCUGAGCUUUGAAGCCUGCUUGUGUUAGAAGUGUCUGCCUGCACAGCUCCUCCUGGGCCAUCACUCCAGGAGGCACCUGUGUUUGAGGGAGGUGGAAAGGGCCCCCUUCACCAGGUGUGUGUGCAGUGCUGCAGCGUGCCCUGCAGAUGCCUCCAGCAGAUUUUAUGUUUUUAACCUGUUGCGUGCUGCUGUUUAUUCCAAAUCUGCAGGGUUUAUACUAGUGUAGGCUGGAGCUCUUGCUCUUCCUGCUGCUGGUGGAAAAGCUUAAUUAGAGGAAUAGGGGGUGCCACCUCAGCCUCUCCCCCAGCAUACCCAAAACCAAAACGGUGCAACCCAGCCACAGCUCUGCUGCUUGGAAGUAGGUAGCCCAUCCCACAGGAGAUGGGGUCAGGGGUGCUGUGUACAGAGCUCGGAGGCUGCUGGAGCCAGGAGCAUCCCAAGGUGGUAACAGAUCCCAGUUACCACCGAGCUGCAAAGACAGGGCUUUUGGCUGGCUGGGAGUUGUUGGUGGCAGCCCCUCCAUGCCAUCUUCUCUGCUUCUGACAGUGUCACUCAUGGCUAAAUGACAGGCUCCCAAGUUCAUAUACGCCCUAUAAAGAAGCUUUGAGCUGGCUGCUCAGUUUGGUGUUAGCUGUGCCACCACAAAUGUGCUCUGAAUGCUCAGCUCUGCCCUCUGCCCUCAGCUCCCACAGCCUUGCACUGGAGAGGGGUGGUGACUUUAGAGCGGGUCCCAGCUCUGCUCUAUCCUGCAGGUCAAACCCCGCACAGGAUAGUGCAGUCAGACUGAUGGGGAUCAGGCACACACACCACAGAGUGGCAGGGGGAGUGAGGUUGUAGAAUCAUAGAAUAGUUUGGGUUGGAAGGGACCUUUGCAGGUCAUCUAGUCCAACCCCCCUGCAAUGAGCAGGGGCAUCUUCAACUAUAUCAGGUUGCUCAGAACCACCAUCAGCCCAGCCUUGAAUGUUUGCAGGGAUGGGGCACCUACCACAUCUCUGUGCUAGUAGUGUUCUUCACCACCAUCAUCUUAAAACCUUUCUUCCUUAGAUCCACACAUAAACUCUCUUUUAGUUUAAAGAAGAGAGGUUGCCAGUGAAGACCGAGGCAAAACCAUUGUUGAGUACUUCAGCAUUGUCCUCGCCCCGUGUUACUGGUUUACUUACUCAUCAAGAGGGUUUUGCUUUCUUCGACUCUCCUUUUCUGGCUGACACACUUGUAGAAGCCCUUUUAUUAUUAUUUUUAUCCCUUGCCAAGUUCAGCUCCAGCCGUGCCAUGGCCUUCCUGACCCUAUCCCUGCACAGCUGGGCAGUGUCCCUGUACCCUUCCCAGGAUACCUGUCUCUGCUUCCACUGCCUGUGCAUUUCCUUCUUGCACUUUAGUUUGACCUGCAGGUCUCAACUCUUGCCUUCCUUUCCUGAUUUCUCACAUAUGGGGAUCGAGAGCUCCUCUGCUCUAUGAAAAGCAUCCUUAAAGACCUGCCAGCUCUGUCUGCUUCCUUGUCCUUGAGGGCAGCGUCUCAGGGGGUCGCACCACUCAACCCCUUGAGCAGCUGGCAGUUGCUUUCCUAAAAUUCAGGGUCGUGACUUUUACUCUUUGCCUGACCUGUAUCCCUCAGGACUGCAAACUCCACCAGUGUGUGAGCACUGCAGCCCAGGCUGCUCCACUCUCAGUGUCACCAACUGGCUCACUUGGGUGGGUGACCGUCAGAUCCAGUAUCACUUCCCCUCAGGUAUAGGGCUGCCUAUUAUGUGGUUUAAGAAGUUAUCCUCCAUGUGCUCCAGGAGUCUCCUGGAUUGCAGUGCUGGGUUGAUCCUGGCUGGGCGCCCGCUGCCCACCAGAGCCGCUCUGUCCCUCCUCAGCUGGACAGGGGAGAGAAAAUAGGAGAGGCUCCUGGGCUGGGACAAGGACAGGGAGAUCAUUCAUCAGUUGUCAUGGGCAAUGCAGACUGACUUGGGGAAAUGAGUUUAAUUUCUUACCAAUCAAAUCACAGUAGGAUAAUGAGAAAUAAAAACUAAAUCUCAAAGCACCUACCCCCUA